GCCAAACCCAAAAGCCAAAAGCCAAAAGCAAUCAGGCUUCUCGACAGCUCAGCCAACAGGUCAGCCAGCCAACAGACAUCGAACCAAUCCCACGCUCUCAAGCAAGCUCACAAAAACGAAAUUCCCACUUUCAAACCCUCCUUUCAAGUAGUGUCAAGGGUUGGUCUUGAUUCUAUUCUAUUCUUCUAUCGAUACUUCUAUCAAUACUUCUAUUCUUCAUACUUCACUUUAGCUAGCUAGCUAGCUAAAAGAAAGCAGUCCAAGCUAUUAGCUAGCUAGAGAUUGAUCAUUCAGAUAUUAAUACCCACCAUGAUGAUCAAGAUGACCAUGAAUCUCAAGAUGAUGAAUCUCAAGAUGCUCAAUCAGGUUCAGGUGGUUGUGUGCUGGUUGUUUCUACUGAUGAGCUUGAAUACUAGUAGUACUAGUACUAGUACUAGUCAAGUGAAUGCCCACAUGGGUGAAGCAGAGCACCACAGCGCCCAUGACUUUAACGUGACUACCGAUGCCAAUGGCUGUACCACUGUGGUCCACCGCCAAGAUCCACUGCUCCACAAACCCGUCUACCGCGUCGGAGUCUACGCCAGCGAAGGCGAUCAAGCGGCGUUCGAUUUGUACGGAAAGUUGUUUUCCGAAUAUCUCACUGAGACGGCGGGAAUCCGAUUUGACCCUCCCAUUCGCUUCGAGUUGGUGCCCGUCUCACUCAGUCAGCUCAUGGAACAAGCCCAAGAAGAGGAGGUAGAUUUCCUAUUUGGCAGUUCCGCCGUCUUUUCCUGCAUGGCCACAGAAUACCAAGCUCAAGCACUGGUCACGAUCAUCAAUCGCAGAGAAUCCAGAGGUCAUUCCUAUGACUUGGAUCUGUAUGGAGGAGUCAUGUUUGUCAAAAAGGACAAUCAUCAAGUCAAUACCAUUCAAGACUUUAUAGGCAGGACCAUUGGGGCAGGUUCCAUUACUGCCAUGGGAGGAGGACAGACUCAGUUCUACAGUCUAUUUGUCAAUGGAGUUUCUUACGUGGCUGAUCCCAAGCAAGUCAUCUUUACCAAGGAUGAACGACUCGUUGUACAAGGUCUACUGGAUGGAGACUUUGAAAUUGGAUUUGCAAGGACCGAUCAAAUUGAACGACACACGGAUGAACGGGGAAGACCUCUUCCAGAUGACACCUUCAAGAUCAUCAAUCCACAAACACACGUCCUAGACGAUGGAACCAUAUUCCCAUUCGUAUCAUCCACAGGACUGCAUCCAGAAUGGCCCGUGGCAGCACUCCAUCACACGGACAAGACGGUCUCCAAGGAAGUUCAGGAAGCACUACUGGCAUUGACAGAUCAUGCCAUGUCCAUUGAUCUACAAGAAAAUCUACUUUGUCACACUACGCCACACAUUGCACAACUUGCCCUCGAUGCGGCCACCAGUGGAUACUUUACAGGAUUUCGGACUGCACGAUCGUACUUUGGAGUACGGACCAAACAAGAAUCGGCAGGAUUCAUUUCCAAGGAUCCAGUCUCGGGGGAUCUACACUGCAUUCGAGGAGAUACCCUCUAUCAAGAUAUUCAGUGUCCUCCAGAGCACUACAAACUACCCAAAGAUGAGUUUGAUCGCUCUUGUGAAGUGGCUGGUCUCGAGUGUAAGGAAGGAUACGAGUGCUUUUGUCAACCCUGUAUCAAGGCAUUUGAAGUCGAUGUCUUUCAGUACAAUGAAAACAGCGACGGCGAACCGAAUACUAUGCUACAUUUGGCAGGCGGCAGCAACAAUGCAACCACAGCGGUCGCUGCUGCUAGUGCUAGUGCUGUUAAGCAAAGUGGAUGUUCCAAAAUGAGUGUGUGCGGAGAAGUACAACAGACCAAGGAAAUCACGCUCCGGGCCAUUGACAAUGUCGAACGAAAAAACGCGCGGGUAGAAGCCAUCAUUCACAUGGAACGGUACGAUAUAACGCUCGAUGUGUACCGAGUCGGACCCUACACCUACGAAAUGACGUGGGGUUAUCCAGAAGUCGGGGUCGGCAUUCUUGAGGUCUUUGUCAAUGGCGUACAAAUCCCAGAGUCGCCUCUACGAAUUACAGUCAUCGAACGAGAUUGCAGCAUCGAUUUUGGAGGACGAAACAUGGCUGCGGACGCCAGUGGAAAUUGCCAGUGCGCCGACUCGACGAUUGAGAUUGGAGGGGAAUGUAUUGAUGUUGCCAUCUUUGCCGUCUCGGGAUCCAUCGUGGGAUUAGUCAUCAUUGCCAUUGCCACUAUCUUGUACAUUCGACACAAGAAUCGAAAGAGCGAUGAAGUCUGGCAAGUUUUCCCUGAAGAGUUACACUUUGAUGAUCCUGUUGAAGUCAUUGGACAAGGUUCCUUUGGUGUGGUGGUCUUGGCGGAAUACCGAGGAACCAAGGUGGCUAUCAAACGAGUGCUCAGCUCUCAAAAGAAGAAGGAAGGUUCAAGGGCUGGUACGCAUAGCGGUGGUCGCAGCGGAUCACGCAGCGGUGGUCGCAGCGGAUCACGUAGCAGUGGUCGGAGUCCCAGCACUGAUGGGAGAACAAGCACAGCCGCCAAUCUCGAAAACAUGGGGUUCAACAACGAAGGUUCUGUAGUCGUGGCAGCGGAGGCGUCUAAUACGACGGGCAUUGGUGGUGCCUCCGUUGGGACACAUAGCUCCCACGGCUCGAACGAAGUCGCUGAUCUCGAGGUCGGGACCGUUACAUCGGGUCCACUGGAGAACAGCGGCAUUUUACUCUCCCACGAAACCGGUGGCAUUGGUUCCAAUCUUGUCGCGAAUGACAAUAGCGACUACGUGAGUCGUCGUUUCAGCCUAGCCUUCUUGAACCGUGAACUCAAGGGAAAGAAAAGCAAGUGGGCAAAACUAUUCCCCUGGUGCUUUGGCGACGGAAAUGGCUAUCAAUCCAGGACACUCCACGAAUCUGUUCUCGGUUCAGCAAGUGCCGCAAGAUCCAGUAGAGUGGGCCAAAUGUUUUGCCCCUGUAUCAACAACACCGCUAGGCUACAUGCAGAAUUCAAGACGGAAAUGAGAGUGUUGGCUAGGUUGAGGCAUCCCUGUAUCACCACGGUUAUGGGCGCCGUCCUGACGCGACAUCAUGAUCCCGUCAUGGUCAUGGAGUACAUGGAAUAUGGCUCGCUUCAUGAUUUACUUCGCAACGAUACUAUGCUCCUGACUGGAGAAAUCAUCUUGCAGAUAACUCGAGAUCUUGCCCAAGGAUUGCGCUUUUUGCAUGCAAAUAAACCGCAGCCAAUCUUGCAUGGCGAUCUCAAG